UAGUAAUUGUUUUUUGUAGCAGCGCACAGCAAUGGUAAAAGUUAUAUGUCGACUAUUUUUAGCACGGGUUUAGGCCUAGAACAAUCAAAAACAUGCCACCGAUCAGAUCCUAUUUAUGGAGAAAGUUGAGAAGUAAUUGCGCUUCUACUGAGUCAGCACGAAGAAAAGAGCCAUUGGAACUGCCAGAUUUAGAAAACCAACCAAUUUCGCCGACGUCGCCAAUUGCGCAAGAGGAAGAUUAUGAGAUACCACACUCAGAAGCUUCUAAUUCGUCUUGCAGCGCGAUAAGUACAUGGCGACUAAGCAAUCAUUCUUCUUUAAUCUCACCAUCAUCAGUAAGCGUGAACACUGAAUUAUCAGACUAUUCCGUAGACGGGAACGAUUCAUGUGAAAUGAUGGUGGAAAGUUCUGAGACCGAGGUAGAAUCAACUCUAUCCCCAAUUGCAACAAGCAGCGAAUUUUCAUUCGAGGUAGUCAGUGAUCAUUAUGAUGUACAUUUUGUAGGCAGACAUAUUGGAAAUGCUGAUAACGAUGAUUGCGAUAAUAAUGUUGACAUUAAAGAAUGUGCUGAUAGUAGGCCUAAUGAUGAAAGUUCUACACUAAGUAGCAAUGUGGAAGCUGCUUGUAACCUAGACGACACUCCAAGUGAAAACGUAUACGAGAUUUCCUGUAAAGAUGAUGCCAGCAAGUGUAGUAGGCCUAAUAUGAGUUCUGCAGUAAACAGCAGUGUGAAAAAUGCUGCAAAUUUUGAUGAUAUAAGUGAAGGCUUUAAUGAGGUUACAGACUAUCGUGCAAGUUCAACAGAUACUUCAUCAUGUGACAACUUUCAAAGAAAUAGCGAUAAUGAAAGUGAUGACGUGCCUGAAACUACUGAACAAACUGUUUCAAAUUUGGAUGAUCCACUUUAUGAAGGUGCCCAGAUUUCAAAAUCGGAGAGCCUGUUGUUAAUUAUGGCACAUUUUCUUCGGUUUGGGCUGACCCAGGAAGCAUUGGGUAGUCUGCUUAAACUUAUCAGCUUCCACAUGCCAGUAGGAACAUCAUUUCCAAUUUCCAAGUACCUUUUCAACCAACAUUUUGAAGGUCUAAGUGCAACUCCAGAAUUGCAUGCAUACUGUAGUGCAUGUUCCGGGUACGUUGGUACCAAAACAACUACAUGUGUAGAGUGUGGUACACUGAUUAAUAAGGAUGAGAGUAUUAGCAAAGGUAAUUACUAUAUUAUAUUUAGCAUAAGUGAUCAAAUAAAGUGUUUAUUAGAAGACUCAUCUAUUCAAUCUAAAAUACUUAAAGAUAACUCUGAGUUUCGUAAAGGUCAAUGUUACAAAGAAUUACCAAUGUCAGAAGAUGAUAUUAGCUUAACAUGGGGUUCUGAUGGUGCAGCAAUUUUUACAUCGUCAGGCUUCUCUAUAUGGCCAGUUACCCUUAUGAUUAAUGAACUACCAUAUGCAAUAAGGAGAAAACAUGUUUUAAUGGGGGGCCUGUGGUUUGGAAAUGGGAAACCCAACUUUGCAACUUUUUUAAAGCCGUUAGUAAAACAGUUAAAUUUACUUUCGUGUGAUGGACUUAUGUGGACAAAUAAAGAUAAACAUUUGGUAAAAUCCAAAAUUUUUCCUGGUCCACUUUCUUGCGACAGCAUGGCUAGAUGCCAGCUGCAAGGACUAGUACAGUUUAAUGGCAAGUACGGUUGUGCAUGGUGUUUAAAUCCUGGUGAACAAGUUCCUAAAGGGGGUGGCCACACAAAUGCAUAUUCUUCAAAUCAGCUCCCACUUCCAAAACAGAGGGAUAAGUCAUCAUAUAUAAAAGAUGCAGAACUUGCUGUACAGACUAAUUCCACUGUUCAUGGUGUUAAAAAGCCAUCUAUGAUACUGCUAUUGUUACAUUUUAAUAUAAUAUCAGGAUUUGUGGUUGAUUAUAUGCACUGCGUAUGCAUUGGGGUUGUAAAGACAAUGACAUAUCUCUGGCUAGAGAAUGUCAACGCUCGAUAUUAUAUUGGGAACCAAUUAACGACACUAAAUAACAAGUUGACACAAAUACGGCCUCCUUCUGAAGUAUCUAGACUUUGUAGGUCUCUGACACAAAGAAAGUUUUGGAAAGCACAUGAAUGGAGAGCAUGGUUGCUUCAUUACUCGCCAUUGGUUUUAAAACACGUGCUUCCAAGCACACAUUACACACAUUGGCUGUACCUUGUUUCAGCUAUGUAUAUGUUACUAGAUGAUGAUGUAAGUAUUGACAUGAUUAACAAUUCAGAAUUGCUUCUAAUGAAAUUUGUUUUAGAUGCUGAGGAAAUUUACGGUAAAGAAUAUAUUACAUAUAAUAUGCAUUUACUCACCCACAUGGCAGAUUCUGUAAGGAACUGGGGACCACUGUGGUCAAUAUCAUGUUUUGCUUUUGAAAGCAUGAACCAUAAGUUAGGAAAAAUGAUUUCAGGCACGCAGCACAUAGAAAAACAAAUUGCCCACAAGUUCCUCUUAUGUAGAACACUGCCACACAUUGCAAUUAAUUCAUUUCAAGGUAAUUUUUACAUUAAAGACUAUUUUGUAAAAACGUUAAAUCAUUUUCCACUGAGCAAGUUUAUAGAAAAAGAAGAAAGUGGUGUUUUACUAAGAGGGGCUCCAAAACUUUUUAAGCUAACAGACAAUGAGAUGUACUUACUACAUGACAUGGGGUAUACUAACAAUAUUGCACUGGGAUAUGAUAAGGUUUCUUUUGCUGGUAUAAAAAUAACAACAGAUAAGCAUGUACAUAAAUUAAGAAAACGUAAUGACUGUUAUGUUUUUCUGAAAGAUAAGACAGUAGCAAUUGUAAAGAAAUGCUUUUUGGUAUGUGUAUCAUGUAACCAAAUUAAAUUAUGUGGAUGUGAUAAGAAAUGCUUGUUAUAUUUAUCAAUUUUGAAAACAAAGAGGACAGAUAUCUCCCUAGAAGUAUUAGGAAAAAAGAUAUACCAUGAAGGAAUUGUAAAAACUAAUGGACACAAAGAAUAUAGACUAUGUUCAAUAAAUGAAUUUGAUCAUAAAUGUCUUGUGUUAUCGGAUAAGUUAGUAUCAAUUCUUCCAAAUAACGUUGAGUUUGAUUAAAUAUUUCUCUAUGUCCUGUUGAUCAUUUGAUGGUCUUAUUACUGAAAUGAAUUAAAAUGA